AUGGGGGAGGAAGAGGAACUUCCAAUUUAUGUUGAGGAUGUGCAGCAAAAAGAGGAUAAAAAUCGGAUCUGCAGCAACAAUGGCUGUUUUUCUAAACCAGUUAAUUGGCUCAGGAUGCUGGCCAGGGAAACCCAUUGGAGUUUCGUAUUGGGAGUGGUGGUAGUUUAUGGGAUUAGCCAAGGAUUUGGUGGAGCAUUUGCCCGUCUUGGAACAGAGUAUUACAUGAAGGAUGUGCAGAAAGUUCAACCUUCUGAAUCUCAGUUUUACUUGGGAAUCAUCAAUAUUCCUUGGAUUGUGAAGCCUCUUUGGGGUCUGCUCACGGAUGUUGUUCCCAUCUUGGGGUAUCGUCGGAGACCUUAUUUCGUUUUUGCUGGUUGUAUUGGAAUUAUUUCGAUGCUCAGCUUGUCAUUGCACAAGCAACUGCAUAUUGCGCUUGCACUGCUGUUGUUGACUGCAGGAAGUGCUGGAGUUGCAAUAGCAGAUGUAACUGUUGAUGCCUGUGUGGCGCAGAAUAGUGGCAUCAUUCCUUCUCUUGCAGCUGAUAUGCAAAGCUUAUGCGCUUUAAGUUCUUCAAUUGGUUCACUUAUUGGUUUCUCUUUAAGCGGGGUCUUCGUUUACUUACUUGGCCCUAAAGGUGUUUUAGGGUUGUUGUGCAUACCAUCUGGGCUUGUGUUGUUAGUUGGCCUUUUGCUCAAGGAACCUCAAACUGCAAAUUGUGGUUACCAACAGGUUAGCCAGAAAUUUGUUGAUGCUGCUAAAGCUAUGUGGAAAACAUUACGAAGCCCAAGUGUGUGGAGACCUUGUUUAUAUAUGUAUUUAUCGCUGGCAGUAAGUCUAGAUAUCUAUGAAGGGUUGUUCUAUUGGGUCACUGAUCCGGUGGCAGGUCCAGCUUUUUCUAAGGAAAGUAUGGGUUUUGUGAUGGCAGUUGGUUCUGUUGGCUCUUUAUUUGGGGCUGCUCUAUAUCAGUAUGGGUUAAAAGAUCAUCCCUUCCGAGACCUACUUUUUUGGACUCAGCUGCUCUUUGGUCUAUCUGGAAUGCUGGAUUUGGUGCUGGUGCUGCGCCUGAACUUACAACUCGGAAUCCCUGACUAUUUCUUCGUGGUAAUUGAUGCCAGCGUUUCUCAAAUGAUCGGGCGCCUCAAGUGGAUGCCACUUCUUGUUCUAAGCUCCAAACUUUGUCCUCCUGGAAUCGAAGGAACCUUUUUUGCAUUACUGAUGUCCAUCGAUAAUGCUGGAAUCAUGUCAUCAUCAUGGGGAGGAAGCCUCUUACUUCAUGCCCUCAAAGUCACAAGGACGCAAUUCGACAAUCUCUGGCUCGCCAUUUUGAUCCGAACCCUCAUGCGAUUGACCCCACUGUCUUUAUUAUUUCUAGUGCCGAGAGCUGAUCCCAACUCUUCCAUUCUUCCUGAUGAUAUCAGAUCCUUACAAGAGGACUCUCAAACACCAGAAGCCAAUGAAAAUAUUGAACUUGUUGGCCUUGUCAAAAGAGUGGAUAGUAGUUAG